AUGCCCCCCGCCCAGCCGCGCCCCACGCGGGGCCGGAUGCGGAUCCACUGCCUGGAGAACGUGGAGAAGGCGCUGCGCUUCCUGCGGGAGCAGCGCGUGCACCUGGAGAACGUGGGCUCGCACGACAUCGUGGACGGCAACCCCCGCCUGACCCUCGGCCUGGUCUGGACCAUCAUCCUGCGCUUCCAGAUCCAGGACAUCAGCGUGGAGACUGGGGACACUCGGGAGAGGAAAUCGGCCAAGGACGCGCUGCUGGCCUGGUGCCAGAUGAAAACCGCGGGUGUCUCAGUGGUCAGUGGUUAUGGGUCAGUGGUCAGUGGUCAGCGGUCAGUGUCUCAGUGGUCAGUGGUCAGCUGUCCGGUCGCCCCCAGGCCGGAGCUGCUGGAUGUGGGGUCCCUGCGCGGAGCCAACGCCCUCCACAACCUGCAGAGCGCCUUCGCCGUGGCCGAGCGCGAGCUGGGGGUCACUCGGCUGCUGGACCCCGAGGAUGUGGCCGUGGAGCAGCCGGACGAGCGGUCAGUGCUGACCUACGUGGCCGCGCUCUACCAUCACUUCUCCAGGAUGAAGGCGCUGGCCGUGGAGGGAAAACGCGUCGGGAAGGUGCUGGAGGCGGCGCGCGAGGCCGAGGGCCUGGCCGGCCGUUACGAGGCGCAGGCGGCCGAGCUGCUGGGCUGGAUCCAGCGCUCGCUGCUGCUCCUCACCGACCGGCGCCUGCCCCGCGGCAUCCCCGGCCUGCAGGGGCAGCUCCAGGCCUUCAGCGCCUACCGCACCACCGAGAAACCCCCCCGGUUCGAGGACAAGGGCUCCCUGGAGGUGCUGCUGUUCUCGCUCCGGAGCCGCCUCCGCGCCAACAACCAGCGGCAGUUCGUGCCCAGGGAGGGGACACACAGCGCUGACAUCAACAGGGCGUGGGAGCGGCUGGAGAAGGCGGAGCACGGCCGGGAGCUGGCGCUGCGCUCGGAGCUGCUCCGGCAGCAGCACCUGGAGCAGCUGGCGGCGAGGUUCCACCGCAAGGCCGCCCUCAGGGAGACCUGGCUGGGGGACAACCAGCGCCUGGUGGCACAGGACAAUUUCGGGGGGUCCCUGGGGGGGGUCGAGGCCGCGCUGCGCAAGCACGAGGCCAUCGAGAGCGACAUCGCCGCCUACGGCAGCCGCGUGCGCGCCGUCACCGCCGUGGCCGCCGAGCUGGAGGCCGAGCGCUAUCACGACAUGGGCGGCAUCGCGACACGGCGCGACCACGUGGUGUCGCUUUGGGAGGCGCUGCGGGCGCAGGUGGCGGCGCGGCGAGAGCGGCUCCGGGCGCACCUGGAGCUGCAGCGGCUCCUGCGCGACCUGGAGCACCUGAUGGGCUGGAUGGAGGAGAUGGAGGUGCGGCUGCAGUCGCGGGAUUUCGGGCAGCACCUGAGCCAGGUGGACGAUCUGCUGCAGAUCCACGCCCUGGUCGAGGGGGACGUGGCGGCCCAGGCCGAGAGGGUCCGGAGUGUGGGGGCGGCGGCCGAGCGCUUCCUCGGGGAGGGGGGCGGGUACCGCCCGUGCCCCCCGGAGCAGCUGCGGUCCCGCGUGGCGGCUCUGGAGCUGCGCUACCGGGGGCUCUCGGCGCUGUCGGCGCAGCGGCGGCUGCGGCUGGAGCGCUCCCGGCGCCUCUGGAAGUUCCUGUGGGACGCGGGCGAGGAGGAAGCCUGGAUGCGGGAGCAGGAGCGGCUCCUGCGCUGCCCGGAGCUGGGCCGGGACCUGCCGGGAGCCCUGCGGAUGCUGAGCCAGCUCGAGGCCAUCCGAGGGGCGCUGGGGGGACGAGCGGGGCCGCUGCAGCAGCUGCUGGAGCGGGGCCGGGAGCUGCUGGCGCAGGGAGCCCCCGACGGAGCCGCGGGAUCCGUGGAAGCCAGCCCUGGAUCGGUGGAACUGGAGUCGCUCUGGGCGGCGCUGCCGGUGCUGGCCGGGGCCCGGGAGCGGCGGCUCCGCGCGGCCGCGGGGCGAUUCCAGCUGGACGCGGAGGCGGCCGAGGCCGAGGCGUGGCGGGCGGCCGCCGCCCGGCGAGUGGAGGGGCCGGAGCUCGGGCACGACGAGCGCUCGGCGGGGAUGCUGGAGCGGCGGCUGCGGGAGCUGCAGGACGAGCUGCGGCGGCGCGGGGCAGCGCUGGCGGCGCUGCGGGAGCAGGCUCUGCCCGGAGAUGCCGCCGACGUUCCCGACGUGGUGCCGGGGCUGGCGGAGCGGCUGGCGGAGCUGGAGCGGCGGCACCGGGAGCUGGAGGAGCGGGCGGAGCUGCGGCGCCUGGAGCUGCGGGACGCGCUGGGAUUGUUCUCGGCGCGCAGCGAGGCCGAUGCCUGCGCGCUCUGGGUGGGCGAGAGGGAGCAGUGGCUGCUCUCCAUGGAGAUUCCCGAGCGGAUCGAGGACCUGGAGGUGGUGCAGCAGCGGUUCGAGACGCUGGAGCCGGAGCUGGCGGCGCUGGCGGCGCGCGUGGCCUCCGUGGGCCGCGUCACGGAGGAGCUGCAGGGAUCCGGGGACAGGAACCGGGAGAGCGCCCGGGAGACCUGGGAGCAGCUCCGGGACAGGUGGGAGCGGUUCCGGGCGCUGGCCGAGCGCAAGAAGGUGGCGCUGACCGCGGCGCUGAACAUCCACAAUUUCCGCCUGGAAUGCCACGAGACGCGGGGCUGGAUGCGGGAGAAGACGGCGGCCAUCGAGGCCACGCGGGGGCUGGGCCGGGACCUGGCGGGGAUCACGGCGCUGCAGGCGAAGCUGUCGGGGAUGGGGCGCGACCUGGACGCCAUCCAGGGCAAGCUGCGGGAGCUGCGGGCCGAGGGCGAGAAGCUGCAGGGGGAGCAGCCGGAGCGAGCGCCCGAGAUCCGCGAGGAGCUGGCGGGGCUCGAGGCCGAGUGGGACGCGCUGCGCCGGUGCCACCGGAGCCGCGAGGAGUCCCUGGGGCAGGCGCGGCGGCUCCAGGGCUUCCUGCGGGACCUGGCGGCGCUCCAGGCCUGGCUGUCCCGCACCCGCGCGGCCGCGGGCUCUGAGGAUGUCCCCGCGUCCCUGGCCGAGGCCGAGGGCUCCCUGCGGCAGCACGAGAGCCUCCGCACCGAGAUCUCGCACUACGGCGCCGAUUACCGGAGCGCCCGCGCCGCCGGGCGGGAGGUGACGCGGGGACAGACGGACCCGCAGAGCCUGUCCCUGCUGCAGCGCCUGGAAGCGCUGGAUGCCGACUGGGAAGAGCUGGGCCGGGUCUGGGAGAAGCGGCAGCGGCUCCUGGCCCAGGCUGUCGCUUUCCACGUGUUCCUGCGGGACGCCAAGCAGGUGGAGGGGACGCUGGGGAAGCAGGAGCACACGCUGGCCCACACGGAGCUGCCGGGCACGGUGCCGGGCGCGGAGGCGGCCGUGCGGAGGCUGGAGGAGUUCCUGGCCGCGCUGGACACCGGCACCGAGCGCGUCCGGGCGCUCACGGACACCGGGCGGAAGCUGCUGGACGAGGGCGGCGUCCACGCGGAAAAGGUGCGGGAGACGGUGGAGUCGGUGGAGAGCAGGCACCAGAAGAUCCGGGAAUCGGCCCAGGAGCUGCUGGGGCGGCUGCGGGAUAACUGGGAGCUGCAGAAGUUCCUGCAGGAUGGGCAGGAGCUGACGCUGUGGCUGAACGAGAAGCUGCCGGUGGCUCGGGACGUGUCCUACGAGGGCACGCGGGACCUGCAGGGCAAGUGGCAGAAGCACCAGGCCUUCGCCGCCGAGCUCGCGGCCAACCGGGGCUGGCUGGAGGCGCUGGAGAAGGACGGCGAGCAGCUGGCGCGGGCGCGGCCGGCGCUGGCCGGACAAGUGACCGCGCCCCGGCAGGAGCUGCGGGCGCUGUGGGCGCAGGUGGAGGCGGCGGCGGCCGCCAAGGGCCGGGGUUUGGCCGAGGCCGCGCGCGCCGAGAGCUGCGCCCAGGCCUGCGCCGGCCUGCGCUCCUGGCUGGCCGGGGUCCGCGCCCAGCUCCGCUCCGGCCACUGCGGCCAGGACCUGACCAGCGUCGGGGUCCUGCUGACCCGGCACCAGCUGCUGGAGACGCAGGCGGCGCUGCGGGAGCAGGAGGUGGGGGCGCUGCGGGCGCAGGCCGGGGGGCUCAGCCCGGGGCACCCCCGGAGCGCGGGGGUGCAGGAGCAGGUGCGGGAGCUGGAGCAGCAGUUCCGGGAGCUGCGGGAGCCGCUGCGGGAGCGCGGGCGGAGCCUCGCGGCCGCCAGGGAGCUGCACCAGUUCCGCAGGGACCUGGAGGACGAGCUGCUGUGGGUGCAGGAGCGCCAGGCCCUGGCCACGUCCACGGACCACGGCAAGGACCUGCCCUCGGUGCAGCUGCUGCUCCAGAAGAACGAGACGCUGCAGAAGGAGCUGCAGGGCCGCGAGCGCCGCGUGACGGAGCUGCUGGAGCGGGGGGUGCCCGGCACGGGGGUCCCCGACUCGGGGGUACCCGGGGGGGUGCCCGGGGGGGUCCCGGCGCUGCGGGAGGCCUGGAGGGAGCUGCGGGAGCAGGCGGCGCGGAGGCAGAGGCGCCUGGAGGCCGCCCUGGCCGCCCAGCGCUUCCUGCGCGACGCCGCGGCCGCCGAGGCCUGGCUGGGCGAGAGGGAGCUGCACAUGCUGGCCCAGGACAAGGCCAAGGACGAGCCGGGCGCCCAGGCCAUGCUGAGCCGGCAGCUGGGGCUGGAGCAGGAGCUGCGCGACUACGGCGGCACCGUGGAGCUGCUGGCCCAGCAGGGCCGGGCCAUGGCGGCCAGCGGCCACCCCGACGGCGAGCGGCUCCGUGCCCGCGCCGCGCAGGUGCAGCGUCUCUACGCGGGGCUGUGUCACCUGGCCGGGGACCGCAGGGCCACCCUGCAGGGCCACCACCGGCUGUGCCAGCUGCGCCGCGACCUCGAUGACCUGGAGCAGUGGAUCUCGGAGCGAGAGGUGGUGGCGGCGUCCCGGGAGCUGGGACAGGACUUCGAGCACGUCACGCUGCUCCGGGACAAGUUCCGCGAGUUCUCCCGGGACACGGGCGGGCUGGGCCAGGAGCGGGUGGACGCGGCCAACGCGGCGGCGGCGGCGCUGAUCGCCGGGGGCCACCCCGAGCGCGCGGCCGUGGCCCAGUGGCAAGCGGGGCUCAACGAGGCCUGGGCCGAGCUGCUGGAGCUGGUGGCCACGCGGGCGCAGGAGCUGGCGGCCGCGCACGAGCUGCAGCGCUUCCGCCGCGACGCGCGGCAGGUGCUGGCGCAGCUGCGCGCCAAGGCCCGGCAGGUGCCCGAGGAGCUGGGCCGCGACCUGAGGGCGGCCGAGGGGCUGGAGAGGCAGCACCGCGCCUUCGAGCACGACGUGCAGGCCCUGAGCGCGCAGGAGGUGGCUGUGAGUGACAGCCGUGCAGGAGGCCGCGGGCCGUCUGUCACACCUGUCAUACCUGUCACACCUGUCCCAUGUCACACGGUGGCCGCGGCCUGGGCCGAGCUCCGCGGGCGCUGCCAGCGCCGGCGCCGCCUGCUCGGGGACAGCGUGGAGCAAUUCCGGUUCCUCCGCGCCGCCCGCGACCUCCGGCUCUGGAUGGACGGCGUGAACCUGCAGCUGCAGGCCCGCGAGCGGCCCAGGGAUGUCACCGCGGCCGAGCUGCUGAUCCAGCAGCACCAGGGGCUGCGGGCGGAGCUGGAGGCGCGCGAGGGCUCCUUCGGGGCCUGCGUGGCCGCGGCCACCGCGCUGCUGCAGCGCGGCCACCACGAGGCCGACAAGCUGUCCCAGGAGCUGGCCGAGCUCCAGGAGCGCCGCAGGGACAUCGGGGAGCGCUGGCAGGACAAGCUGGAGUGGCUGCAGACUGUGCUGGAGGUGCUGGUGUUCGGGCGCGACGCGGCGGCGGCCGAGGCCUGGCUGGCCAGCAGGGAGCCCCUGGCCCGCGCCCCCGAGCUGGGCUCCAGCCUGGCCGAGGCCGAGACCCUCCUCAAACGGCACCAGAGCUUCCAGAAGGCCGCGGCCGCCUGGGAGGAGAGAUUCGCUGCGCUGAGCCGCCUGACCACGGUGGGGACACGGGGACAGGGGGAGCCCCCGGCCCUCAACGGGAUCCGCCCCGACGGCGCCGCGGGCCAGGUCCCCAGAGGGGCGCAGGAGGGGGGGCCCGGCCCGGGGGGAGGGGCGGCCACGCUGCCCCCCCGCGCCCCUCCCCCACCCGAGACCCUCGAGGGGGGGCUGUGCCGGAAACAGGAGCUGGAGGCGCCCGGCAAGAGAGCCACCAACAGGUCCUGGCAGAGCCUGUACUGCGUGCUGCGGGGGGGGGCCCUGAGCGUGUUCAAGGACGCGCGGGGGGCGGGCGCGGGGGUCCCGUACCACGGCGAGCCCCCCACCCCCCUGCGCGGGGCGCGCUGCCAGCCCGCCACGGCCUACCGCAAACGGAAACACGUCUUCAGGCUGGGGCUGAGCGAUGGGAAGGAAUUCCUGUUCCAGGCUAAGGACGAGGCCGACAUGGCCCCGUGGCUCCGGGGGAUCGAAGCCGCCGCCGGCGCCGCGCCGGGCCCGGGGGGGCUCCGGGAGGGUUCGGGGGUCCCCGGGGGUCCCCCCAAGGGGAUGUCGAGGGCUCUGAGCCUCCCCCCGGUGCCCCCCCCGGCCGAGGGAGCCCCCCGGGCCCGCGAGCCCAAGGAGAGGGAGAAACGCUUCAGCUUCUUCAAGAAGAACAAGUAG